AUGCAGUCACCAUAUACCCUCCGCACUGGCAUUUAUCCCGAGAUCCACCCGGAUCGACUCGCAGGUUCGCUGGCGGGCAAGAAUGCUCUGAUAACGGGUUCUGGCAGGGGUAUUGGGCGGGAGAUUGCUAUUGCAAUGGCGCAAGCUGGGGCUAACGUUUGCGUGACGGCACGAACAAGCAGCCAAGUCGACGAAACCAAAGCUGAAAUCGUGAGCUUGGCCCUCAAGAGCAAGGUGGUGGGCAUCGUGGCGGACGUACUUAAGUUGGAGGAUCAAGAACGCCUCGUGCGCGAAUUCCGCCAACAGCUAGGCCCUGUCGACGUGUUAGUGUGCAAUGCUGGUAGCAACAUCUUCCAGCCUUUCCACUUGACGAAUGCCACCGAUUGGUGGGAUAUCAUGGAGCUAAACGUCCGGGCACCAGUUGAACUCACCCGACUAGUCCUUCCAGAAAUGCGUGAAAGGAACCAAGCCGUCAUAAUCUACACCUCGUCACGAGCUGCCAAGGCGGACCUCCCCUGGACUACGGCAUACAACUGCGCUAAGACAUCUAUCACGAGAUUCGCGGGUACUCUGCAAGUCGAGCUGGAUCAAGUGCAGAAGAUCGAGAAGGGAGUGGACAACAACAUAUCUGUCUUCAGCAUUCACCCAGGUGAGAUAGAGACCAAUCUUCACGAAACGGCGUUCCCGGAAAAGACGAAGCAAGAGGCCCCUUACGUUAUCGAGCAUAUGGCGAAGAUAGGCGCCAAGAGACCUCAUUUUGAGGCUGCUUUGCCCGCAUGGACUUGUGUAUGGCUUAGCUCUGGGAAGGCUUCGGCUCUGAGGGGGAAAUUCGUGGAUUGCACGCGGGAUGUCGGGGAACAAGCGAGGGAUGCAUUAGAUGCAGUGAGGUCACAAUGA